AUGGCAGAAGCAGUUCUCUUCAGCCUUGCCACCAACAUACUGAAUAGCCUCGCCGCCGAAGCGGUGAAACCUGGAGGCUCCUUCGCUUCUCAGAAGAUCCAGUUGCUCUGCGGUGCCGAGAAUGAGCUCCAAAGCCUUAAAGAUACCAUCGAGGUCAUCCAAGCUGUGCUUUCGGAUGCCGAGAAGCAGCAAUUGCACAACCAACAGGUCAAGCUCUGGCUCAAGAGGCUCAAGGACGUUCUGUACGACGUACAGGACUUGCUCGACGAUGUUGCAACCGAAGAUCUGAGGCGGAAGGUCGCUUCCGGCAACAAGAUGUCGAAAGCGGUACGCGUUUUCUUCUCUAAAUCAAAUCAGCUUGCAUACCGCCUCAAAGUGGGUAAUAAGAUUCAGGAACUUAGGAAGAAACUAGAUCGGAUUAAAACAGAUAAGGAGUUCUUAAAUUUAGAGCAGCGUCGGAACGAGGAAACUCGUGCUAUUGUGAGGAGGAGGAGAACUCCCGCAAUUGAGCGCGAGGAAGAUAUAAUUGGUAGGGAAGAGGAUAAGAAGGCGAUCAUCGCACAUUUGCUCGAUUCCUCCUCUAGAGAGAGUGUGUCGGUUGUUUCCAUCGUCGGUAUAGGAGGAAUGGGAAAAACCGCGCUUGCUGAUCUGGUAUACAAAGAUGAAAAGGUGAAAGACUGUUUCGAGCUAAAGAUAUGGGUGUGUCAUGGGGAUCCUAAAAUCUUUGAUGUGGAUUUGAUCGUCAAAGAAAUGCUGAAAUAUGUCAAAGAUGAGGGUCAAGGUGAUCCUGAGAUGAGGAGAAAUCUGGAAGGCAUUGAGAAUAAAAAUGAGGAACAGUUGCGGAGGCUCCUUGGUAAAGUACUAGAAGGGAACAAGUACUUGCUUGUUUUGGAUGACUUGUGGAAUGAUGAUCGGCAGAGAUGGUUGGAGCUUCGACCAUUGCUGAUGGUGGGCUCAAGGGGGAGCAAGAUACUCGUCACCACGCGCAAUCUGUCGGUUGGGCUUGCUACAGAUGCGAAUUCAGUGAUCCAUGAUCUACAUGGCUUGUCUGAAGAUAAGUCAUGGGACUUGUUCAGGAAAAUGGCUUUUGGAGAUGGGGAAGAAUCAUUAGACUGGAGAUUGGAGGAGAUGGGUCGAGUUAUAGUUAAAAAAUGCGCCGGUGUCCCCCUUGCCAUCAAGACGAUAGGUAGCCUUCUAUACGGCAAAAAGGAAAAAGAGUGGCUCAAUUUCAAAGAGCGUGAACUUCCAAAAAUAGACAAGUCAGAUCACGGAAUUAUGGAAGCUCUCAAGCUCAGCUACGAUCAUCUUCCGUCGCAUUUGAAGCAUUUUUUUGCAUAUUGUGCUUUGUUUCCAAAAGAUUAUGUCUUCGAUAAAAUGACGAUGAUACAGCUUUGGAUGGCACAAGGAUUUAUUGAGUCAUUGGAUGAGAACGAGGACCUAGAAGAGGCCGGGGAUCGAUAUGUCUCGGACCUACUGUGUAGGUCCUUCCUCGAGGUUGAAGCAAUCGAUGAUUACACUGGUGAGGUGACAAUGUUCAAGAUGCACGAUCUCAUGCACGAUCUUGCCUUGAAUGUGGCAGGAGAUGAGUGCCAAAUGAUUAAUCUCAAUGAAGGCAGCACCAGUGGAGGAAUUCGACAUGCAUCAUUUGGUUCACAAUCGCCCUCGCUGCAAAAUGUGGCUUUGCUACUUGAAGCUAACAAUUUACGGACAGUUCUCUUUUUGGAGACUUGGAGAACAUCUGAAUCGAACUUUCCUCCAAAUGAAUAUCGUGGGAUUCUCUCCAAGUUUAGGCAUUGUCGAACAUUGGGUUUGGGCUAUGUAGAUUUCUACCCUUAA